AUGCGCGUCGGCUGUCUUCAGUUUGCCCCGUGCCACGGCAACGUCGACGCCAACAUGGCCAAGGCCAACAACAUUCUGGACGGGAUCGGCCUCACGGCUGAAUCGGAACUCGACUUUCUCGUACUUCCGAAAAUGGCGUUUUCCGGCACCACCAAGCUUGCCCCAAAGGAUCACCUCGAGCCUGUCCGCGGCGACAAGACGCAAACGUGGGCAACUGUGGCAGCCGAAAAGUACAAAUGCGACGUCGUCGUUGGCUACCCCCAAGAGGUCGACAAGUUUUCGGCACCGUACACCCGCGAUGAAUUCUUCAGCUCGGCCAUCGUGGCGAUGCAGGGCGAGAAGGACGUUGUAAACUGCCCGGAAAGAACACUCGAUCGAGAGUCUCCGGUGUUUACAGACAUUGACCUGGAGCUUGGUAGGGUCUCAAUUGCACAGUACACUGAUUUCGGCGACAACGAGUACUUGAACGAUCGGGAGUGCCGAGCAUUUGCAGACCACAUCGUGCAUCACGGCGUCGACAUGGCCAUCUUCCCGAUGGCUUGGACGAUCGGAAAAGAGCCAGAUGAGCUUCCUGAGACAUGUGGGCCCUCCAAGAAGUCGAAGCUCCCUGAAAAUACGGAACAAGAGACUCUCAGUUGGUGGAUCGCUCGUCUGUGGCCAGUUGUCGAGGCAAGACUCCAGAGGGACAUCUGGAUCGUCCUUUGCAACCGAGUCGGCCGCGAGGGCGAUGACGUCUAUGCGGGCACAAGCACUGUCCUAUGUAUCAGAGGUGGUGAGGUCUUUGUCCACGAAUAUAUGGAAAGCCAUAAAGAGGGCCUCCUACUGGUCGAUACGUCGGAUCUACCCCGUUGGAGGCUCGUUGAAGCCGACUCUGGCUCGGAGCAGGACAAUGAGUCCGUGGCUACCGCGGACUCGCCUCAGUCUGGGCCGCUGACACCGGAUACUUCAUACAGAGGAUCUGAAAUUUCCCAUGAGGACCGGAGCAUCCCAUCUGAACACGAUGCUGCGGCAGCAGCAGGGGCAGUGUAUUCCGCCUCCCGGAAUCGAACUCAGCCGGUGAGGGUGACGGUAAAGGGCCAGGCGCGUCCGAAAUUGGACAUUCCAAAGAUGAAAUCCAAGCCUCCGCAAGAAAUUCCAGUCAAAGAAUACACGGCGCAAGCAGCCGCUGCCGUCUCUAAGCCUCGGUCCAACGUCUCCGCCCCCAAGGUCCGUUCCCCGGAGGACAGCACGCCGCAUCCGGGCGGAAGCCACGGGUGUCUACACUGGCACCAGCGGAGCCGGGGAUUUACCGCGCGCCCGUUCGAACACCACUCGGCUGCGGCCGCCGUAGCAACGCCGAUUGAAGAUCCCAAGACCGCAAUCUCAAUGUCUCCCCAGCGCUGGAGCGGACCCUGGUCAUCUUGCCGCAAGGAACUGGAACAGGCCCGGCCGAACCCGCCAGCGCGACCCAAGGCACCCCGGGCAGGUCGAUCCCAGUCUCUGAGCUCUGCCGUAGCGCUGGGUCCGGUCGGUCGGAGGAAGGGAGAUAUGCUGCCAGCGAUCAAGAGGCCGGCAUCUCCCAAGGCGCGCAACGUCACGAUCCUGGAGCCGCUGAUACUCCCUACCUGGAAGGCACUGGAAGACUGCGGUAUCAUCCCCAUCCUUGCGAGCCCAAGCAUCAUGACGACAGACUCGCAGGCGGGGAGCGAGGCGUCGAGAGGCCGUAGACGGAGACAUAGGCGAUCGGAGGAAUAUGAGGAGAAUUCCCGGAGUUCAUCGAGGGAUUCGACGCGAAACGCAGUGUUGCAUCGCAGGAUGAGGCGCAGCGACGUUGAGGAUGACUCGCGAUGCCGACUCGGGGCAAAGAGGUCGCAGUCGGCCGUCACUCAGCGACCGAGGGACCCCCCUCGAAGUGCGAGCGAGCCAACUACUCGGCGUGACCCCUUUCAGAACUUGGGAGCUGCGCAGGUGGCCAAUACUGCUAGAUCAGAGCCUCGCUUCGGGUAUGUUUCGAAGAACCUGCGGUGA